AUGUUUGAUGACUAUUAUUUUAUUCAAGGGCCAAGUUUUCAAGCUAAAGAAGAAAUCGUCACUACACUACUUACACUUGGUUUUUCGAGAAACGCUGCCAUCAAGGGAUGUUAUUACACAGGAAAUUACAAUGCUGAUCUAGCAGCUGCUUGGAUCAUAGAGAAUCAAGAUAAAAACUUAGACAGUCCUUUAGAGGAAGACCUUGACUUUGAAGAUGCGGAUGAGGACAGUGAGGGGGAUUUUCCCGAGGGUCUGGACAUGUAUAAGAUGGUUCUGGUGGUAAACUCAGAGCUAAACAUGGGGGUGGGGAAGGUCGGGGCACAGUGUGCUCACGCCGCCCUUGCUCUACACAGGAUCAUGAUUGACCGGGCCGACACAUUCGGGGAGAUGAUGUUGUCUUGGGAACAGUUUGGGGAAACGAAGAUAGUGUUAAAGGCCGAAAACUCAGCACAACUGAAAGCACUUGCUCAGCAAGCUGAGUCUAAGGGUCUUCCAAACUACCUCGUCCAUGAUGCCGGCAGAACACAGAUAGCAGCCGGUUCCCAAACAGUUUUAGGGAUCAUUGGAAAACUGGAUGUGGUAGACUCCAUAACAGGAAAGUUAAAGCUACUCUGAGAUGGCUUAGUCUGGAUCAAUCGGGGUCAGUUUUAGCCUUAGCUGCAAAGUUGAUGUGGUAUGCUAACACACAAUGGGCGUCACAGAAAACAAUCUUUUAUUGUACCUUCAAAGCGAAAUUUGAGUAAUAAGAUUCAAUUUACAACUAUGUCAAAUGAGGUAAUUUAGCAAUCAGAUAUGUGAUGAAAGAAAUACUCUUGUUAUUAAAAUUUGACUGAAAAAAAUGCUAAUUUAAAAGUGAGUAUGUAAAACAAAGUAAGCAAUUCAGAAAAAAAGAGUAAAUUACUGACAUCGUGCAUACAUUGUAUGAUUAAUAUGGAAACUACCCAUUAAUUGUGUUGAUUUUAUUCAAAUGUAUACUGAUAUUAUUUGCCAUGACUUUAUCUAAGUAGGUAUGUUUUUAAUGUCAAAGUAAAUUACAGUAAACUAUGUCAUUGAUUUGUUAAAAUCCAUGAAUAUGAAGAAUUAUAACUAAAUAUGGUCCACGUUUAUCUUUCAAUAUUUUAAGAUCGUCUGUUUUUUCAACGAAAAAAAGUCGAUGUUAUUUCACUUAAAGCCUUUUUGUCUGAAUUUGUUGAACAGAAAAAAACCGUUCAAGGUAUUUAAUGAACAUGAUGCGAAUAAGCACCUUACUUCUAUUGUUUUGUUCUCACGGAUUGUCACAAGUUGGCGAAGUAAUCAAUCUUGUUGUUUUAUUUGUUAACGGGAAGGGAUCCAUUUUUGUUAACUGACAACAAGUGUCCUGAUAACUGUCACUUGGUACAUAUAUUGCUACAGAAAAUACCCCAAAAGUCCUUUAUUGAUUAAGUGAAAGCAGCGUCCUGUUAAUUGCAACUUGGUACAUAUGUUAAUGCAAAAACGUACGAAAACAUCCUUGAUUGAUUAAGUGACACCAGCGUUCUGUCAAUGGCAACUUGGUACGUAUGCUGCUACAGACAAUACGAACAAACCUUAAGUAAUUAAGAGAAAUCCAGCCUCCUGUAAAUUGCAACUUGGUACACAUGUUGCUUCAAAUAAACAUCACAUACUUAAUGAUGAGUCAAACAAAUAACCGACAAGCGUUGGUUUGCUCUGCGGCGUUCUUGUUAUUGAAAACUUACUUGUAUACUUGACUGAAUCAAACGCAAAGCAUUACUGAAAUAUUCAACACAAAUUCAGUGAUAUUACUUAACAUUUAAAAUUUUUGAUUACGCUUCAACUAUAUUUAAUGAUGUAAACUAUUUGUUAAAGUUGUGAUGGUGUUACUUUUCAUGAUUAAAUAAACACUAUUUAAA